GACAAUUUAUCACUGACUAAGUUUGACAGCGAAAAAACAUCUACAUCUAGAUCCAGUGCCCCACUUAGAUAGGUUUGCCCACAUUUAUUUGCGAUGGGCCGAAUAUUGACUGUGGCUCUUGGAUCAUUGUUGAUCCUACAGACCUCAGUUCUCGUCACUUCUGCAAAAGUUCAAGGCAACGUUGUGAAAACGAAUGAUCACAGGGGUGCAAAGCAAAUCUUCACGUCGUGGAUCACACCAGAGGAUAAAGCCUCAUCAAAAGACUUGGAAAUAGAACUAGUACCAGGGAAGAAGCUACGUGUUGAGUGCGUAGAGUACAAGAGCGAUGACGCCAGGGCGUUCAUAUACAGCCAUGAAGGAGUCCUGAUAGACACGUUGAAUCUGUCCUCGCAAUUGGACGCGCCAUGCUCACAGCUGGAAAACUACAUUCAUGUGACCGACAACGAUUUCACAAAGAACUCAGACGCAAGAAGGUUUAACGGGGUCUUUACAUUUGACCUGACGAUGACGUAUCUAAUCGCUGGGGCGAAGCCGGGAUGCGUUGAAAGUGAAUACGAUGUCACCAGCUACUAUUUCAUGGCACGCGUGGACAAAAAACGAUACAAAAAGUUAAAGGAAUGUCCAGAAAAGUUUGCGAGUGAAGUUGAAAAAGGGGCUGCAGCUGGAGGCAUUGUAAACUUAGGACCAACGGGGAGCGUAAAUAUGAUGCAUUUCAACAAAGAUGUUGCUCCUACCAGCCAACCCGAAAAAAAAGUUUUUGUGUUUGAUACUAAAACCUUAAAAAAUAAAUCAUUCAAGCUCAUCUGCGAAGAAUACACUCUCAACAAUGAAUUGCCGAUGACAAAAAGAACGACCAUGGCAACAGGAUGGAUCGUGUAUGAGGUUGAUGAAAAUGUAGUUCUGGAUAAGUUCCUUCUAGACUCUUGCGAGUCUGGAACUCAGGGAAUAAACAUAAACCUUGGAUAUGAAGGACCCAAUAGGUAUUUUAGAAUUGUUUAUAAAAGAACAGACGGAAAGUGUUUCGAAAAAGAUAUCAUUCAAGAAAAAUUUAUGCGUUUGCACUACUACGAUGAGGUUAUGAUUGAACGACAUGGUCCUUAUCCAGUCAGGUGUCCAAGGGCUUGGACCGGUGACGUAGGCUUAAACAUUGGCGUAGCUUGGUGGAAAUUACCAUUCCACAAACCACUGCCGUACAUGACGCCACAAUCCAACGUCCAAGAAUGAAUCCAAGGUUUCGAGGUGAAAUAAACCAUUUUUAAUGA